AUGUUCCGCUAUUGUGUGUGCUUCAGUCUCUUGGCCCUUGCCGCAGCCCAAAGUGGUGGUUACAAUUAUGCCAGCGCCAGCGUACCUGAACCACAAGUGUAUGCUGCACCAUCGGGGCCAGCACCAGGGGUGCUAUCCGUCGCACCAGAACCAGAAUACGCUGCCACACCAGUAGCAGCCGCCUCUCAGCAAUACAGCCAACAAGCUGCACCCGUUUACCGUAAGGACUUUUACUACUUCAGCGCACCAAAAGAGACUGUUGCUCAACGGCCCGUUGCACUAGCAUCACAGCCCGUGCCCACAGUAGUGAAGAAACAUUUAAAUGUGAUUUUCAUUCAGGCACCUGAGAGCACAAGCAGAAAAUCUCACUACCAACCUGUGCGUAACGCUGUGCCACAUGUCAGCGAAGAAACGAAGACACACAUUUAUGUGCUCAACAAGGCAGCCGGUCGCAGUGCACCAAGACCAGCUGCGUCUCAGCAACACGUCACCACAUACAAAUCCCAUCAACCGGAAGUGCAUCACCUCAAGUAUAGCACACCUGCUGAGGCGCAACAACUGCAGCAACAGAUUGUGCAGCAGUAUGGUGGUGGAAAUGUGAUCGAAAUCGGCGGUCAUGAGGCUGCGUCUAAUGUAAAUAGGCAAUAUCUCGCGCCAGCAGCGUCCAACGUGAAUAAUCAGUAUUUUGCACCAGCUGCUUCCAAUGUCAACAAUCAAUACCUCGCACCAGCUGUGGAAGCUGCUGCGGCCUCCGCACCUGAGCCAUCGAAUGCCUACAUUCCGCCGAGUCUAUUCUUCAAACACUAA